AUCGAGUAAACUUCUUGUUCUCAAGGAAGUUUAUUUUCACAGUCGUUCAUGCAUUUCCACCCAGAUCUUUUUCAGGGCGCUCAGGACUGGUGGUGAGUCCAAACAAUCAGACCUCUGAUACAGAGAGACCAAUAAAGAUGUGCUUUACUGCAUGCAGGCGCAGGUGGACCAGAGAGAUUUAACUGAGAGAGCCGAACUCUCGACCAACACCUUUACUUUCACCUGCUGAACUUUUUUUUUUUUUUUUUUUUUUUUAAAUAUAUUAUAGACGUCGACGUCCUCAACAGCAGCUAAAAACUGAUUUUGAAGAAUAAUCUGGGAUAAUAAAUAAUAUCUUCAUCAGAAGACAGAUUCAAAAAGCAAGUCAUUGGUCAUCAUUGAGAGAUGUUUGUGAAACAACCCUACGAUAGUCCCCCGAUGUACACUCCCCCUUCCAAUGGCUUUGGGCCUCCGGGUAGCUUCCAUGACCAACGGAGUGAAUUUGAUCCCUACCCUCCACCUCCAGGAUCCUACUAUAUUGGCGAGGAGGUACCACAGCAUUUCUACAAGUGGUUCUCCCCUCCAGGAAUUGUAAAGAUUAUGAUGGGGAUAGUUGUAAUCCUCUGUCUGGGAAUCUUCGCCUGCGUGGCGUCGACUCUGGUUUGGGACAUGCAGUACGGAUUAGGUUACGGAUCUGGAUAUGGAAGUGGCUACGGAUACGGAGGCUACGGAUAUGGAAGCGGUGGAUAUGGAAGCGGUGGAUAUGGAAGUGGUGGAUAUGGAAGUGGUGGAUAUGGUUACGGGAGCUACAAUUCUUACCCGACCCCUUACUCGGCAAAGACCAGCAUGAUCGCCAUCGCUGCCAUAAACUUCAUCAUCGCUUUGGGAUUCUUUGCAGCCAGCUUCUCCAAAACAAACACGUUCCGGAGCAGGAAGUUCUAUCUGGUGGUGCUUAUUGUCGGUUCCAUAAUGGCAGGUAUUCAGGGCAUUAUAAACAUUGUGUACAUUGUAGGAGUGAACCCAAUGGCCCAAAGCUCCACCAGCUCAUACUACAACCCCAUGAUUAUGAUGUGUCAGAACCUCUACGGAAGCAGUGUGACAGGAAUGGGGGCCGGCUUUCCUGUCUAUAACCAGUACUUGUACCACUACUGCUACGUGGACCCUCAGGAGGCAGUUGCAAUGGUUUGUGGGUUCAUGGUUAUGUUGGCACUGGCUGUGGCAGCCUUCUUCUCCUAUAGAACCAGAAGUAAAAUCUGGCGCUACGGGAAGCCAAACAUCUACUGGGACCGGCCACUGAUAGUAGGAACCGAGGGCAGAGAUGUGGAGGAUUGGGUCAACCGUGUACAGGAUGGACAGAGCGUGCGGGAGGCGUCCAUGGUGUUUUCAGAGAAGAUGACUCCUGUUCUGGUGUCCGCCCCCAGUGUCGGCUCCAUCCCCUUAAAGUCUGGCAGUGUCUUUAGCUCUGAGACCCACAAUAUUAUCGGUUACCCUGAGCGCUCUUUCAGCCACCCAUCUCACUCUACAUCCCCGUCAGGAGAAGUGAGCUCCAGCCCUUCCGACCAGACCGACCCCAUCCGCAAACCGUCCGCCUCCAGGGGCAAGAGACGCAGGAGGAACCCUGAGCUGGACGAGUCCCAGUAUGAGACCGAGUACACGACGGGAGGAGAGAUGGCCAACGAUUUUGAUGAGGAUCUAUGGGCACGUCUGUAUCCAGAGAUCACGUCUGAUGCCCAACGACACGAGUAUAAGAAAGAGUUUGACUCGGACCUCAGGACCUAUAAGGAACUGUGUGCUGAAAUGGAUGACAUCAGCGAUCAGAUAAACAAGCUCAGCAGAGAGCUGGACACACUUGAUGAGGGAACGUCCAAGUACGAGGCUGUAGCAGAGGAAUAUAAUCGUCUGAAAGACCUAAAACGGAUGCCAGAUUAUCAAAACAAGAAGCACCAAUGUCGCAAACUGCGCCACAAGCUUUUCCAUAUUAAACGAAUAGUUAAGAUCUACGACCGCGGUCAGUAAUAAGCUACCAAUGCUCUCCUUUUCCCUCAUUUUUGCAUUUAAUUAAUCAUGGGCGGCCAUGACGAAGCCUUUAAAUGACUGUGUGACCAAAGCUGCCCGAAUCCUAAACUGCUGUAACAUUGGCUUCACCCGGUGCUUAUGAUUAACCUGAGCCCUAAAGAUGGUUGCCUUGGAAACGAGGUCCUUUCAAAGUCUCUCCAUUUCCUGGAACAUGUUCUUUCACUGGAAACAUCUGCUUGAUUUCAUAUAGCCUGUAAAAUGCCAUAAAGCAAUGAGAUGUUGUCAUUCUGUUGUUUGUGUGCGAGUUGGGUGUGGUUGUGAGUUCUAACCUCGAGGUCAGCUGAUUGCAGCGGUGCAUGAGUUUGUUGCAAAAGAAAUGUACUUUGGACAAUCCUUUCCGACUGAGUAAUUUAAACCUGCAUUGACACUAAUUCAGUAAGUGUCCUUGUGUAUGACUGUAGGUGAGUUAAAGGGAUAGUUCACUUUGAAUUUAAUUUUUGGUAUCUUUUAGCUUACCUCAAGGGCAUCCAAGA